CAGGUGUGCGGGGCCAAGUACUGAAUGAAAGCCGGCAGGAUAUCACGUUUAACGAAUCUCAUUACACACAUACGGGGGUUCAAAUUCGAAGCCAGAGGCCUCGUGUUCCGUAGUAAACAGAAAGCUGCGCACUAACCGAACACGCUUUCAAGCUCCCCCAUCUAGUGGGCUUCCCAACGCGCGUUUCGUAUGUCUCCCAGUGCCGACUGCGAUAUUAGAACGAAUAGCCGGCGUUUUUUUAAUGUAAAUCACACGCGUAACUUGCGAGUGUCGAACUUUUUGUGAGUGACAGUACCCGAGGAUUUUGAUUUCGUGGAUUUUCCGAAAAUUUCAAGGAUGAAACUGCGACAUCUCCUCUUAAUCAGCGUACUAUGGAAACUCGGCUCAGGUUGCAUGAACAACUGCACUUGUUCCACAGACAACAAAGGCCGAAACGCCAUGAUAUGCAAAGAAGGGGGCAUUGUGGGCCCCCUCACCCUAGAAGGAAUGGAUCUCGACACUGAAGUUCUUAUCAUAACAGCCCCAGAAUACGACAUGAAUGUCCUCACCAUGGUUCCCGCUUUCGGAGACUUCAAGCAGCUGGAGGAGGUGCAUAUAAUCAGAUCGAACAUACCCCAACUCGGGGAGCAUUUCUUCUUCUAUCUCAAGAACCUGUCAGUUCUCAACUUGUCCCAGAACAAUAUCACCCAAGUGAUCAAUAAGAACUUCUUGGGUCUGGAGAAGUUGAAGGAGUUGAUCAUGGAUGAUAACAGGAUAAAUUCGCUGCCUAGUGGUACGUUCAGCUCCCUGAAAGAGCUGAAGGUGCUGUCGAUCCAGAGGAAUAGGAUAAACGAGCUAGUGCACAGCGUUUUUCAAGAGGUGAAGAAAUUGAUGGUGUUGAAGCUGAGUGGUAACCCUGUUAGAACUUUACCAGUUGAGGCGUUCAGAGAUGUACAGGAGCUUAGAACAUUAGAAUGCAGAGGAUGCGCCCUGAGCGAUAUGAACAAGCAAAUCUACCCCCUGCUUCCACACCUAAAUCAUCUAGACCUGGGCGAAAACGACAUAACAUGCCUAGAAAAAGACGACUUUCAGAAUCUGCAGAGCCUGCGACACCUGAAACUGGACGGAAACAAACUGAAACACAUCGGGGAGAACGUCUUCUCCCAUCUAACCGAACUGAAAAAGUUGAAUUUGGCCAGAAACGAAAUCAAGUCGAUUUCCUUGUCCGCAUUCGACAAUUUGGACAAUCUGACGGAGUUGGACUUGAGUUACAAUCGAAUUAACGCUUUGAAACCUCAUUUAUUCGAUUCAAUCCGAGAGAAUCUGCUCGUGUUGAGCUUGAGCGGGAACCCCCUGGAUUUAACACUGAUGAAAAAUCUGUUUAAAGAUUCGAAACUGAGGGAUUUGAGAUUGAGGCAGUGCGGAUUAUUCGAUAUAACCGACGAUAUUUUUCCGACCACUUUGAUUUCCCUGGAUCUGGCUGAGAAUUACCUGAGCGGUCUGAGUGGGAAGGUUAUCCCGGAUGGCUUGUAUUAUUUGGAUAUCUCCAAGAAUAUGUUUAGGGGGAUUUCGAACGACGAUCUCCUGGACAAAAUCGAGUUUAUCAACGUGACGCUUUUGGAUCGCAACCCUUGGUCUUGCGACCUUUGCUUCAUAGUCCCCUUGAUGAACAGGGUGAACAGGAGUUCUGCCUUUCGAAACAUCGUGUGUUCCCAGCCUUACGUCGUUGAGGGUAAACGUCUGGAGUCUCUAGAUAGGAACAAAUUGACCUGGUGUUCCUCCACGAGUUACCCAAGCGGGGACGCGAAUUUUUUCUCGAUCAACGAAAAAAGCAGCAUAGGCAUAGUCGCGGCUAGCAUGUCUGUCUUUCUGUUAUUCCUCAUCCUGGUCGUGAUAGCCGGAAUGCUCUGCUAUUCGAAGAGGCACGCGGCCAAAUACUACACCCACGAAGACAAGCUGACAGUGGAGAACGAUUUCGCCCCAGAUAAUCACAGCCCCCUCUUCUGCGAUGAUCGGGAAUUGAGUUUCAAAUUUCCCCUGGAUAACAACGUUAACGAGAAGAGGGUUUCGAUAGCAACGAUUGACGAAAUGAAAAAAGAACAUAAAAUAACGAACUGAGUCUGGAUGAAGAUGAAGGAAAGGCUGAAUGCAAAAUGGCGCAACCUGAAAGCGCUCGGCCCGUCGCUUGUUCUCAGAAGACUGAUUUGUCUGAAUCCAUUCCUCGAUUCUACGGUUAUUUUUUGCUUUUACUGAAAUAUCUCCCUCGAUUCCAGUUGAAUAUUUAGUGUUGAUGAAUGCCUAACGUUAAAGCACGUUUUUGCUUAUCUCAUUCCUUAACGCUCUUUCACAAUUCUGCCUAAUGGGUGAAUCAGCCUUCAAUCUGCACUAUACAGGCUGAUGUUGCCAUUCCCCUGCAGUACUUUUAUUAAAGACACAAAAAUACAAUGAGACAAAACAAACUUCUUCUAAACUCAUCGUUGGCUUCCAAUUCAAUCUUGAUGUCAAUACUCUAUCGUUAUAUGAAUAAGGACGCUUCUAUUGAAAAUAUUUAGUGAUCAAAUAUCAGAAAUAUCCACUGUCAAUUAGAUCAUGAAAUUAUUUCCACAUCUCUCAUGAUGUGUAUAAAAUGGAGACGAUAUUAAUUUGUCCUUAGGAAGGAGUAUUAAUUUAUCAGCAAAAAUUCGAAUGGAAUUGUCCAAUGCAAAUACUCAGUAAGAAUAAUUCGUUAUCUCCUUUAUCAAUGUAGUUAAUGCGACCAAAAUAUUUUAUAAAUAUUUACUCAUUCCAGACACUGAGGGGCUCUAAACCCAUAUUUCUUCGUAAUCGAAUUAUGAGAUAUCCAAGUCUCAAUAUCUUCCAUGUAUUUUUGUACGUCAAAUAUCUGUGAUGUCUUUCAAUUUGAGGUACAUCAUUCACCCUUUGAUUUCAGAUAUUGUUGUUAAUUUUUGCUUACGCAUUGAUGUGAUGGAAACAUUCACUUUGUAAAUAUUAUUUAUUAUUUUAUACUAAAUAUUUUAUUGAAAAUAUUCUACAAUUUUUAUAAUAUAUAUCUGAUCUUGAAUUCUUAGAGGUCAGAUCAUCUAUGUAUUUAUAUCUGGUACUUAAUAAGGCACUAAUUAAAUUGAAUCUUCAUAGCAUAAGACGUGUGAUUUAAUUUAAAAAAGUAUUAUUUUAUGGAGAAAAAGCUUAUUUUUAAGAUGAUAUUUAUAAUUUUAUAUAUUAUGUACAAAUGCCAUGUGACUGUUAAAUGAAACUAUCAACUGUA